GCGGCGGCUGGCACGGGAGGCAGAGCCGGGCACUCGCUGGCUUCCCAGGCGAGCCAGCCGGAGCCGGAGCGGAGCCGGAGCGAGGCCGCCGAUGCCAUGGAGAGCCGGGCGGGGCAGCUGCUCUAGGAUGGCCCCGGCGAAGGCUCCACUUCUCUGCCUCCUGCUGCUCGGGCUCCUGGUGUUCCAGGCGCAUGUAUGUCCCGCGCCUUGCCGCUGCUACAGCCUGACGGUGGAGUGUGGCUCUUUGGGGCUGAAGGACAUUCCAGGGAGCAUCUCCCCCACCACUCAGACCAUUUUCCUCCAGGACAAUAGCAUCACCCAGAUCCGCCAACAAGACCUGGCCUCCCUUCUGGAUCUCCGGUAUCUCUACAUGCAGAACAACACCAUCUCCGCCCUGGAGCCCGGCGCCUUCCACCACCAGAAUCGGCUGCUGGAACUGGCGCUGAACGGCAACCGGAUCCAUCUGAUCAACAGCAGCAUCUUCAAAGGCCUGGAACACCUGCGGGUCCUUUAUCUUUCCGGCAACCAGAUCACCCGUCUCCCGGAUUUCACCUUUUGUGAACUGGAGAGGCUCCAGGAACUUCACCUGCAAGAGAACAGCAUCGAGUCCCUGGAGGACCAAGCACUGACCGGACUCACCUCGCUAGCCUUGCUGGACCUCAGCAAGAACAACCUGCGCACCAUCAGCCGGGUGACUUUGAGACCCCUCAUCAGUCUGCAAGUGCUGAGGCUGACAGAGAAUCCAUGGCGAUGCGACUGCGCUCUUCACUGGCUCAGCAGCUGGAUCCGAGAGGAAGGCCAGAGGCUCCUGAGUCCCCAGGACAAGAAGAUCGAGUGUUCAGAGCCACCCCGCCUGGCCUAUCAAAGCCUCGCCGACGUCUCCGGCAACAGCUUGAUCUGCAUCCCUCCAGUCGUGCAAGUGCAGCCCCUCGAAGUCACAGCCCGGCUGGGUGACGACCUGCGCGUCUCCUGUCAGGCCUCGGGCUACCCGCAGCCGCUGGUGACCUGGCGUAAACUGGCCCACUGGCGGGCCGGGGGCUCCAGGGGAAGCCGGACCCACCUGCCCAGCGGAAGUUUUGAGCUGAGAGAGCGCAGCGUCGGGGAGCGCUUCGAGCAGUCGGACACUGGCAGCGGGAUGCUGUUCCUCAACAACGUGACGGUGUCCCACGCUGGGAAAUACGAGUGCGAGGCCUCCAAUCCCGGGGGGAUGGCCCGGGUGGUCUUCCACCUCAUGGUGAACCUCUCGCAGCAGCAACAACAAUCGCAGGGCUACCCGGCUUCGGUAGACAUCAGCCAGGAACCUCUCUACGACAUGGAGAGCAUGGACUUCCACGCCCUGGGCAUGGCCACGCAGACUGCCAUCGCGGUGGCCAUCUCCCUGCUGGCCCUCGUGGCCCUCCUGUUGGUGAUCAUGAUCUACCGGAAACACCGCAAGCGGAAAAAGGCCAAGAAGGAGGAGAACAUCUUGUAUGUCAACGACUACUCCGACGGGCCCACCACUUUCGCCCAGCUGGAGGAGUACCGAGACGAGAGGGGCCACGAAAUGUUUGUCAUCGACCGCAACAAGCCCCUCUUUGCCACCUAUAAGGACCCCCAAGGCCUGGCAGGGGUCUUCCCGGAGCAGCUGCAAGACCAAGCGACUCAGACUCUGGAAGGAGAAGAGGCGGCUCCCCAAGAAGGCAGCGAGCUCUUCGCCAACCAGGGACUGAUGCUCCAGCCUCAGAUAGCGUACGAAAUCCACUGCUGAGUGGAGCUAUGGAAGUUGGGGUGACUGGACUGCCCCCAAUGGAGCGGUUUUCUUGACUUCCUCCUACCACUGUCUGCUUAAGUUCAGGACCUUGAGUGGAGGAACGUGUGACCUCUGGUGGACCAUCCCACGGGUUGCAGAGAGGACUCGUGUAUGUUCAACGAGAGUUAUGACCUUGUGGUUACUCCUUGGGACAUGUUUGGCCCUCUCAUUGUUGGUCAUCUCCAUCCCGUUCUCCAUUGUUCUCCAAAAAGGCUGUGGAGCAAUUCAUGAGGGUCCCUCAAACUCAUCUUCAAAUCUGAAAGCAUAGCAUACCUUAAGAGCUUUUCUAGAAAGGGUCACCAGCGUUUUGCUUCUCACUGUGAUCAAUCAGAUUCCUCCAGGACACUCCCAAGUGGGAAAGGGAUCCCUACCACUUUCUCUUCCUCCCUCAGACGUCGUUGCUCAACACACAGGACUUGGAGGCCCCUUGCCCACCAAGCUGGACACCUUCAGAUGAUUAGACCUGUCAAAAGCGUGAUAGGACGGCUGAUGGACAGCAAUGGGUUAUAUACAACCCCUAAACUUUUGCCAGCUGUUAGCAGUGACCUUUCCCAGGCAUUCGGCAACUGGACGUAAGGACCUGUGCACUGGGUUUUUGGUCACAGAGAAAAUGCAGCUUGGGAAAAAAGUCAGCGAAGGCUGGACGAGACACUCACUGUGCAAAUUUGACCAAAACUGUGCAUAUUUGACCAAGACUUUAGUGAUGAUGGGAUAACCUUUACAGUCCCUCGCGCAGGCUGAGUGGGACACUCUGGGGUUUUUUUUGGCUUGCCUGUUGUAUUUUUUUAAAAGGAUAAAAAUAAUGCCAUCGUCCUGCAUUUGUAGACCCCACGGAAAAACCCCUCCUUACCUCUUAACCUUACAAGUUAGUCCUUGACUUACAACUGCAGUCGAGCCCAACAUUUCUGUGGCUAAGCAAGACAGCUAUUAAGUGAGUUUUGCCCCAUGUUGCAACCUUCCUUGCCACGGUUCUUAAGUGACUCAGCGAUUCUGGCUUCCCCCUUGACUUAGCUUGGUGUCAGAAGGUCACAAAAUGUGAUCCCUUGUCCCCGGGUCACUGCAACCGUCGUAAACGUAAAUCAGUUGCCAAGCGUCCGAAUUUUGAUCAUGUGACCGUGGGGACACUACAACGGUCGUAAGUGUAAAAACCAGUCAUAAGUCACUUUUUUUUUAGUGCCGUAACUUUGAAAGGUCACUUAAACAAAUGGUUGUAAGUUUGAGGACUGCCUCUACACUCCUCUGCCAGCGUUAAUGUGACAUCUCCUGCUCCCCAUCAGUCCCCAAACCAUGAAGUCAGCUGUCUCCCAAAAGCACAGACAACAAUAUAGCUGUGUAGUUGCGCCAGGAACAAAAUGGCUGCGCGGGAGAUUUUUUUUCCAAGCAAAGAAGCCAAUAAAGUAUAGCCAGCAUCUCGUCGUU